AUGGCGGCUUGGCUUGAUCUCGUCUCGGACGCCACCGGAUGGUCUUUGGUAGACACCGGCAGAUUGGAAGAGGUAGUUCAGGAUAUGAACCACCCGGAGUCCCAAUUCCCCUCUUUCAUCUAUUUUGCUGGCAAUGGUAAUCGCAUUAAAGCCCUCCGCGCACUGUUUCCUCGGAACAAUGUGACGCGCAAAGGACCAGCCGGACUAGUCCGGCUUCAUCUUAGCACAACAACUGCCCGUACCGAAAACCCUAUAAUAUUUGCUGAAAGUAACCUGAGUAGCCGUACAGGGCUUGGGGAUACAGAAAUUCUCAAACGAUCAUUUAACAAGUCUCGACGGUGGUCUAUCAAUAACAAAUUGUCCCCUAGAUUUGAAGAUCUUCAACACAAAGUGAUCAGGAAGCUCAUAUUUCCAUGGACUCAAGUUUUCUGUGCAUUUGUGGAUUCAGCUGCUGAGAUCGAAAACCUGAAAGUCCUCCUUCAAGAUCCAAGAGAAAGAAUAGCAGUGGGCGGACAAAUGGUUCCAGACACCAUGCGUGUGGUCAUUGUGCUUACAGCCAAUGCAAACCUCUCGAUCAAAAGCCUUAACAAAACAGCUACGAAAAUGGCUAAUACAAAUAUCUUACCGCUGAAUUGGACUAUCUUGGACCUCAGCGAACGGGAACAGAUGACUCCGUCGGUAGCAUUCGAACCCUUACGAAAGUUGAUUUUAAAUGAAACCCAAAAAGUGCUGAGCGAACAAAAAAGAACGCACCUUUCUUUCUCCGCAGUGCAUCUGAGAGAGCUCUGGUACCGAAGUCUCCAACUACUAGUUGAGUUGCCAACAACUUCUUCAGGUCUGGAUUGCCUUCUUGCGGCGCGAGCAAAUUAUCCGGAAACUUCAGGGAUGGUAACUUGCUACAUGGACUUUUUAAAAAACAUGGUCGAACCAUGUUUUCAAGAGCAUGAUAUCUGCAUGUUUCUUGCUUCAGCCCUUCUCAUGAACGCUUACCCUCCCAAGAUGCACUUGUUCGAUCCAGAGGUAGUUUUCCAUACGCUUUAUCGGGGUCUAAUCGAGCAAGCAUUAAUUAAUACCUGUUCUGAGCUCAGCUGGGAAAAUGUCCUAGCUCAUUUUGUCAAGGCCUUCGCUUUCUUGAAACCAAAAAAGCCGUCCUUGGAGGUACGGCGCGAGUCGAUGGCGCAUUUUUAUCGUCAGUGGGGCGGUUUGCGCUCAAUAACAACAUGUCUUUCUUGCAUUUGUCGACCCCCCGAGCACAUGAUGCCUUGUGGACAUUCGAUAUGCGAUGCUUGCGUUGUAUUAUUCGGCACGGCAAGUUCCAGCGCUGAGUACCAUACGGACCUCACCCUCUGCCCUAUCUGCGGAACAUGCUUUCAGCUCACAAUUCGACAACUACCACCCACAAAAGGACCUGUCAUUCUUAGUUUAGAUGGUGGGGGAGUUCGUGGUAUCGUUCAGUUAGGCCUUUUACGAGCUCUAGAAAGACGACUUGGGCCCAUACAGAUAAGAGAUAUUCCCGACCUAUGUACCGGAACAAGUGUCGGCGCACUUUCAGAGAUGGAUAUGGUUUUCAACGAAACAUCCGCGGAAGAUGGUUGCACUAAGUUUCCCGCCUUUGCUCAGAAGAUUUUUCAAUCUUCAACAUGGAGAGGAAAGCCUGCAAUGCUUCGCUGCUUCGAACUAUUUUAUUGCGUGGUUUCAGUGUUGAGAGACUGUCAGUACAAUUCGACUAUCUUGGAACAUAACCUCAAGACGAUACUGGGCCACCAGCGUCGAAUCUUUGAUGUUGCGACCACCAAUUCCGCUGGUUGUCGAGUAGCCAUCAUAACAAGUCGCUCUUCGGAUGGCAAAGCCUGUGUCUUCGCAAAUUACCGCGGCAUAGGUCAUCGCGGCCCAAACGCAGCUUAUCAGUUCUUGAUUCCACAAAACGAGGACCAAAAUCCAUUUUUAUGGGAAGUAAGCUUCUUUCAAACCAAACCUCUUCCAGGUUUCGGGGUUUUUCAGGACGGUGGUGUGCGGGCCAACAAUCCUCUGGCAAUUGCCUUGAAGGAGUCAGAGAUCAUCUGGCCAUCAUCCGGUAAGCAUGACAUGCUUAUAUCAGUUGGCACUGGCUGUUCUGUACACAUUCCCGAACCGGGUCAAACUUCUCGAAGCUCCUGGCGCGACAGCGCACUUCCUCGCAUGAUUCGCGCAACCUUAUCCUCUCCAUGCAUGGACGGAGAACAGGGUUUUCGUGAGGCAUUGAAUUAUGUUCCAAAUCAUAUCAAGUCCGAUAUUUUUCGGGUCAAUCAUGUCAUGUCUGAAGUUCUACCCCAAUUAGACGAUUUGGGAAAGCUAGACGACAUGUCCAAACUGAAUUUCUCCAUACCUGAUGAUUUAGUGAGAGCAGUUCUGGUGACUGGCUUUUUUUUCUUUGAGCUAGAUGAAACUCCAACCCAGACUCACAGGUCAUUCUUAUGCCAAGGAUCAAUCUUCUGUUCCAGACCAAGGGCCAGCGAUAUACUGAAUCGUGUUUUAAUCGAAAUUCCGAAUGGGCAUUUCCAGACAAGUCGUGGCUAUCGGCUUGGCUCUUUACAAGAUAACGACGGCUGUCACAUAUGUGGGUAUUAUCGCAAAGCAAUAUCAUUUUCUGUAAACAGCCUUGAAGAGGAAAUUAGCCUUGGAAUUGCCAAUGACCAAUUUUACCAUAAAAUUGGGGGGUUUCCGAAAUCAAUGUACGGAUUCCUUCAAGCCCAACAGGCUUUCGCUCAUUUCGGCCGAUCAGAUUACUUGGAGCGUUGCUGGCCUCCGAAAAGGUUUUGUUAUUGCUCUCGGGGAACAAAAAGACGUGUUCAUUUCAUGGAGCCAGCUCUGCAACAAAAAAAACGACGUUUGUGACCACUUGAUUCUCAUUACGAAGUUGAUUAAAGGUUUGUCUGAAAGCUAAUAAGCACCAAUUUAAAUACUUCAAAGGCUUCUGGGUCGUGCUUAUCAGAGCUUCUAAUCGCAUGCAUUUGAUGCUUGUCCAAACUAUG